AUGAAGAACAAGGCACUGAACGUAGAGAUGCGCACAGAUCGGCAAAGUAGAACAAUGCAAGUGUCAGAGGAGCGUUACCGAAACACAGACAAGGAGUCAAUACGCACUCAACUCCUCAAUGUAGCGAGAUACAAGGCACUCAUGUACUAUGGACAGCAACAGAAGGUAGACACGAUCAUUAAAGCCGACAAACUGCCUGAUGAAAGUGAUGAUCACUUAUCAGAUAUGAAACAUUGUGUGUUCUACUCUCAUAUUGAAGUAUCCAUAAGUGCAGCAGCCACAGUACAGGCAGAUCGUAUGUACAGAGAGUGGAAGAGAUACAACUCGAACUUGGCUACUCAGGGCCAAGCACAUAACGCCACAACCACUGCUACCAAAUGUCACAAAUCAGACAAUGGCACACCAAGACAGACCAAACCAAUAGGACAACCUUAA